ACUUGCUGCUUCCUUCAUAUUUGCGUGGGCAUUUGUUGACUGGGCCCCUAUCUCUGGAGGAAUUGAUUGUUGCCGUUGCUCGUUUCGCUUCAUGCGUAGUUGACGGGCACCGCGCGAACAAUGCCAGGCGUCGCUCGGAAGAUCAUUGUAUGCGCAGCCAUCGACGGGCUCAUCCUCCAGCCGCUCUCCUCCAAGGGUCAGCGGCCAUUCCAGCCCGUGAGGAUUAAGUACGGCGAUGCAACCCUGUCGUCGGCCCCCCGCGAGCAGGUCCCUGACGCCUCCAAGCCUGAUUCCUCCUUUGAGGCCUUCGGCGUCAUCGGCCUGAUCACCGUGUCGAGAUUGCACUAUCUUGUCACAAUCACUCGCCGUCAGCAGGUUGCGCAGAUAUGUGGCUAUCCGAUCUACGUCGUGACCGAAGUCGCCGUCACGCCAUGCACCUCCAAGGCCGGUGCCGAGGAAUCUGUUCGUAGGACGUCUCAUCACCUAUCCCGGCAGGCUCGCGACCUGAGUGACGGCAGCGAUAGCAGUGAGGAAGAAGUAGAGCUCCCUUCCCGGACUUCCGACGAGGUCGAUGAUGCCGUUAUUGAGGAUGGAGACGCUCAGCCAGACUCUGCUAGAAGCAGUGUAGCCGAGGAUGUCAUACGCCGGAGAGGCAGCUAUGGGAGAUUUGCCCAGCGAUGGUUCAGCCGGAGCGGGUGGACUCUCGACCAGAAGAGAAACAUGGGCUUGAGCAACUCGCAAACCGUCCCGGAGGAAUCAGCGCAACCCGUGCCUGAGAUCAUAGUAAACAAGGUGCCACUGGAAGAGGACCCGAGUGACAAUCUGAACGAACCAGAGUUGCUACCAAAGCUGCUUCGGACAGUUCAAGUCCUCUUCGGUUCAUCACAGAGCUUCUACUUCUCCUACGACUUCGACAUCACCAAGUCUCUUUCCAAGCGGGAGUCACCUAUCAACGCCGAAACACCUCUCUACUCUCAGGUGGACCCUAUUUUCUUCUGGAACCGACAUCUUCUUCAACCCUUCGUGAAUGCAGGACAUGAUUCCCUUGCGUUGCCUUUGAUGCAGGGGUUUAUUGGACAGAGGUCGUUUGUGGUGGACAGCCACCCUCCUCAGAUGGACGAGGCUGCACAGGACUCUGUUGAGCUGUCCAACCUUUCGCCUUCAAAGUCGCCACCCGGGUCUCCACCAGUCGAGAGUAUGAGAGCAUCGAUUGAUCUUCGGCCUACAGAAAGAAAGUAUCUCAUAACGCUAAUAUCUCGAAGGUCUACUAAGAGGGCCGGUUUGAGAUAUCUCCGGCGCGGUAUCAAUCAGGACGGAUUUGUCGCAAACAUGGUUGAAACUGAGCAACUUUUGUCAUCUUCGACCUGGGACCCGUCGUCAAAAGUCUACUCCUUUUUGCAGAUCAGAGGCAGCAUUCCUCUAUUCUUUACGCAGUCGCCGUAUUCCUUCAAACCCAUCCCGACAUUGCAACACUCUAAAGAAUCCAACUUUAACGCCUGCCGGAAACAUUUCGAAAUGCUGUUGAGAAACUACGGAUCACUGCAGAUUGUCAAUCUCGUUGAGAAGCGCGGCAUUGAAAAGCCCGUCGGCGCUUCGUACGAAACAUACAUCGAGCAACUCAACGAAGAGAUUGAUCAAGACAAGAGGAUACCCUUCGAAUGGUUCGACUUUCAUGCUGCGUGUAGGGGUAUGAAAUUUGAAAAUGUGAGCUACUUGCUGGAACGCAUGAGGGGAAAGCUGGAAGAGUUUGGAAGCACUGUGCAUCAGGAUGGAGCUCAAGUCGUUCAGCAGAAAGGUGUUUUGCGAACCAACUGCAUGGAUUGCCUAGACCGUACCAAUGUUUGCCAAAGUUCUUUUGGGAAGCACAUACUAGAGGUACAGCUCAAGGAGGAGGGAAUUGACAUGAGCGCCCAGGUGGAUCAACAAACAUCCUGGUUCAACACGCUCUGGGCGGAUAACGGAGACGCAGUCUCUAAGCAGUAUACGUCCACGGCAGCCAUGAAGGGAGACUACACAAGGACGCGGAAGAGAGACUAUCGUGGUGCUCUGAAUGACUUGGGACUGUCCGUUGCACGAUUUUACAGCGGAAUGGUGAACGACUAUUUCAGUCAGGCAGCGAUAGACUUCCUACUUGGCAACGUGACUGCCAAGGUUUUUGAGGAAUUUGAGAGCGAUAUGAUGACCAAGGAUCCGGCCAUGUCUGCGGUUAAGAUGAGGCAGAUGGCCAUCGAGCUCUGCCAGAAGAGAGUCGUCGCCGAUGAAAAGGAGGAAUUUCACGGCGGAUGGGUGCUCUUGAGCCCCAACACACCCGACACAGUUAAGGCUUUCCCCCUUGAAGAAGUUGUCCUCCUCCUCACUGAUGCGGCACUUUACCUCUGUCGGUUCGACUGGAAGUCGGACAAGGUCUCAUCGUUUGAGCGGAUACAACUUGGAAACGUCACCGGUAUCAAGUUCGGAACCUACAUCACCUCAACUAUUUCCAUGUCACACCUUGAUGAGACCAAGAACGUCGGUUUCAUUGUCUCAUACCACCCUGGGAAGAGCGACAUUAUGCGCACCAACACGCGGACUUUCUCAAGCCGAGGUGACAUUGCGGGCAAACCCAACGGCCCCGGAGACGAAAAGGAUGCCAGCAUUCCCGCCAGCCUGGCCAGCCUUCUGUCUGGGAAGCCGCCGCAGUCGCCCGACCUGCGCCGACUUGUAUUCAAGGCACCGGAUACAGACUCGUCCAUGGCCGUUUCGGGGACAGACGGUCCACAGCAAACCGAGCUGCAGCAGGUGGUGACUAUCUGUGCCGAUAUUGAACGGCUGGCGCUGGACCACAAGUUGACCAAGCCGGAUGAAGAGCAAGAGAGCAUACUAGAAAAUGGGGACAUAAUAUCGGUAGACGAAGCGCGGCGGAACACAGGGUUACUCGAGCAACUUGGGCACUCGAUCAAGAAGCUUGUGUGGGCGUGAGCCGUUGCAUAAUAACCAGCAAGACCAGCAUAGAAACGCAGAUACACGUAGAUACCA